GGGUAAUACUAAAUCGUAAUUAGAGUUUAAGAACAAUUCAUAUUAGUUUGAUGACGUGGACGGAUCUCGCCUCCCAAAAUCUUCUGUUCCCUUAAACCCUAGCAAUCAAAUUAAUACUUCACUUAACCACAACAAAAACCCACAAAUGAUCUGCCCAAAAACCCUCCGUUUGCAUCAAAUUCGCACACUCUUAAACCCUAAUUUACACACUGAAACCCACUUGAUUCCUUUCGUCAAUACCAAAUCAUCGUCACCCAGUUCUAUUUUUAGCCGGAGCGUAUCGCUUUCUUCUCAAUUCCAACACAAAUUCGCUACGCAAGAACCAAAUGGGAAGUCAAAGAAACCUUUGGAAAUCCUUUUCGCAGAAGAAGUUGGGUUAUCUAAAGCAGACACUGAAAACGGUGAAGAUGAAAAGGGAAAGCUCAAGAAAAAUUUGAGAAAAUUGGAGGUGGAAUUGGGAAGAUAUAAAAAAGAUUCAACGAAAGAAACAAAGUCUUUAUCAAGUAUAUUUUCGAAGCCACUAGACACUCUUUUCACAGAAGCAGUCGGAUUAUCAAAAACGGGUGAAGAAGGCCACAUUGAUGAUCAAGAAUCAAAAAAGGGUGUGAGGAUAUUGUCGAGUUUGUUUAUGAGUACUGAUCAAAGAGGGAAAUCAAAAACAGAGACAAAGAAAGUAGAGAAAUCAAUGGAAUUUAAGAAGCUAUCACCAGAUAUGGCGAUGUUCGCUGAUUUUUUGCAUUCAAAAGGGUACUUAUCGAACGCAAAUUUCCUCCUAAACAACAAAUUCGAUGUUUCUUGUUUUGAGAACAACUAUGGCCGAGAUUUCUUGAAGUUUGCAGCUGAAAAGUUUGCCAAAGAUCAUCGAGACAUCUACAGGUGGUUGUCAAAUGGUGAUUUGAAAAAGGUUGCUCAAUUCGGAUGCCCUUCCCUUGGUAGAAAGAUUGUUUUUUCCUCCAAAGCCAUGCGCUAUUCUUUUGGGAUUCAAGAAGAACCCGUAUGUAGCAAAUGCGCGCUAAAAGAUUCGUGCAAAUUUGUUAACCAAAGCGUAUGGAAAAAGGGGGCGAAAAAUGUUGACUUGACUGUGGUGAUGAGGGUUAUAACUUUGUAUGCCCUUGAAGCCGUACCUAAUGAAUUAGAAGUGCCUGAUGAUAUAAAGAAUACAGUUAAUCGGUUGUUGAAAGAAGUCGUUCGUUUAAGUGAAAUAGAAUCUUGAAUUUAUUUUGUAAUAGGUAUUGAUCUAUAAGAGCAUCAAAAUGUUUUGUGUGCUACUUUGAUAGUGAAAUUUUGAUGGGAAAUUUUUGUUUUAGAGAAUGUAGGUUAAAAAUGACUUAGUAAGAAAUAACCAUAUAAAUAUAUAUUUGGAAAACUUAAGUGUCGUUUGAUAAUUGUCAACUACGUCAGAUAGAGAAUCAAAAUCAGAAAAAUGAACCAUGGUUUUUUUAUCCUCAAAUUUCGCAUAUCUAGGAACCAAAAUCAGUUACAAGUCACAUAUUUCAUAUAGAGAAGAACAGCCAAUCAAUCAAGUUGAAAAAAAAAAGACGAAACAUACCUAUUGACGCAGCUCUGGCAGGAGAAGUUUGUUCUCUAUCUGAAAAGGGAAUCUGGAGUGAGAAUCGUGUUUUGUUGCUGCGUAUUUUUCUUUUAGGUCAUGAGGGCAGAUAAGGGAAGAAGAGAGCACGAGUUGUUUUUCCAGUUAUUUGGAACGAACCGAGUAAGAUCUUUGGGUCAGUCAUGAGCCAGUAAAAUUUUGUAUUUACAGGACAG